AUGUUUUAUGCAUCCGGAGCCAACGAGCAUGGUCAAUUGGGCAAUGGAACCUACACUAACGUUCAAACUCUAACACCUAUCAACAUCUCCGCGCAUCACUAUCGACAAAAGACAUAUCGCCAGUUGGGUCCUGUGUGUUUGUCUGAUUUUGCUAAUCUGGAUGAGAGAAAUUUGGUAGGCUUAUGCAAAAUUAAACAAAUUGCUUGCGGAAAACGACAUACACUGAUUUUGACGGAGGAAAACGAUUUGUAUGCUUGCGGAGACAACUCUAAUUCUCAGCUUGCUGUUUAUGAAACAAUUUCAAAUAAUACAGUAGAAUGGAUUGAUUUUGAGCCUGCACGAACCCACCGAAUAACCUCAAUAGCAUGUAGCUCAAAUUCAUCCUUUGUAUUUCUGGAUAAUGGAGAAAUCUACAAAACCAGCCCAAACAAGCUGAGUAACCUAUCUCACAAAAAUUCAUUUUACAAAUUAAGUUUGGAGACAAAGAGUCCUGUCAAAGGGUUCUUUAGCUCUCCAACUACAAGUCGAUUUCAUAUCCUAACAAAUGAUAAUUCUGUUUUUGUUGGAGGAGAGGAUGAAACUGGUUACUGGGCUGUAAGACAAGAUCAACCCUUAAAACCAACUCCUUUUCCAUCCAUUACUAACCCUAUUAAAAUAAUUGCAAGUGGAGGAUUCCAUACUGUCAUCAUAACAGAAAAGAAUGAAUAUUUCAGUAUGGGAAAGAAUUACUUUUAUCAACGAGGUGACACUGAUGACAGAAUAUCUCUUCGUCAAGGUGUUGACCUUCCAUUCAGCAACAAGUCCAUUACCCAGGUGUGUUGUGGUCAUUUCCACACAUUGGUGUUGUGUGCCGAUGGAAGUUUAUAUGCUUGCGGAAAAAACUCUCAUGGCCAACUCGGAAUUGGCACUUUGAAAGAGAAGAAUUUGUUUCUGAAAGUACCAAUCAAUACCUAUAUUCAUAGCAUGCAUUGUGGAACUGAUCAUACCGUUCUUUUAACAACAGACAAGCGAGUAAUGAGAUGUGGCAAGAAUGAUAGAGGGCAAAGUUUUCUGGAUUAUGGAAAAUGCAACACAGUUUUUGAAAUGCUUAAGGUGAAGGAAUUUGCUCAUGUUGCUUGUGGUGCUCAUUUCACUAUUUGCUAUGGAGAUAUGACCUAUGUCAUUAAUCGUUUACCCAAAAUUGCUUCUUUUUUAACUAGGAAAGAAUUUUCAGAUAUCAACUUUGUGUUGAAUGACGAAGAUUAA